CUUUCCAGGCGGUGGGGCCGGGGCGAGGCGGGGCGCUGACGUCACGUCCCCUCCCCCAGUUCCUCCAGGAGCGAGGGAGUGGGGGAAGAGGCAGUGAGCCACCGCAGCUCCCGGCCGCAACUCUCAAACUCGGCGGCUCGCUGCCUGGACAAGUCCGGACAAACUUGGCUUCUCUUGGGCCAUCUCUCCAGCCCCCGCGCACUCUCACCUCGCCUCCUGUUGGUCCUCAAGUUUCACCGAGGACGGAAGCCUCCGGGAGAUGCGGCCACCUGGGUCCGGGCAGCGCGGGAGGAUCGCGCUCUCGUUGGGGACAUGCUGAAGAUCCCAGGGAGGCAAAGUUGGUACUUCAGACGCGGCUUCUAGCAAAUAUCCAAAUCGCGUGGGGAUUACGGAGCUGCCGAGGACUUUAAAGCGCAGCACCGAGGAAUCGGCUGGACUGGUUCCUGAGAGCGGCGCGAUGGGGCGACACUGGGCCGUGCUCCUGCUGCUGCUGCUGCUCCUACAGCAUUUUGGAGACAGUGCUGGAAGCCAGACACCUGAGCAGCCUCCUCUGCAGUUUACACAGCCCCAGUACAAUGUCACUGUGCACGAGAACUCUGCGGCCAAAACCUACGUGGGGCACCCUACAAAGAUGGGCAUCUACCUUGCCCAUCCAUCGUGGGAACUGAGGUACAGAAUUGUCUCGGGAGACAAUGAAAACCUAUUCAAAGCCGAAGAGUACGUUCUUGGGGACUUCUGCUUUCUAAGAGUAAGGACCAAAGGAGGAAACACGGCGAUUCUUAACAGAGAAGUGAGAGACCACUACACGCUGAUCGUCAAAGCAGUUGAAAAAAACACCAACGCUGAAGCCCGGACGGUGGUCAGCGUGCAGGUGCUGGAUACAAAUGACCUGCGACCCUUAUUCUCGCCCACCUCCUACAGUGUGUCUUUACCCGACAACACGGCCAUAAGGACCAGCAUCGCCAGAGUCAGUGCCACCGACGCAGACAUAGGCACCAACGGAGAAUUUUACUACAGUUUUAAAGACCGAACAGACAUGUUUGCGAUUCACCCGACAAGCGGUGUGAUCGUCUUAACUGGCCGACUUGACUCCGGGGACACCCAGCUCUAUGAGAUGGAGAUUCUCGCCGUGGACCGCGGCCUGAAACUGUACGGCAGCAGCGGCAUCAGCAGCAUGGCCAGGCUCACGGUUCACGUGGAGCAGGCCAACGAGUGUGCUCCCGUGAUCACGGCCGUGACGCUGUCGCCGUCGGAGCUGGACGAGGACCCCGCCUAUGCGGUCGUGACGGUGGAUGACUGUGACCGGGGCGCCAGUGGGGAAAUUGCUUCUGUAAGCGUCGUGGCCGGCGACUCCCAUCCACAGUUCAGAAUCGUGAGGUCCCCUUCCGGGAGCAAAGAGUACAAAGUCAAAGCGAUUGGGGCCAUCGAUUGGGACAGUCAUCCUCUUGGCUACAAUCUGACCGUCCAGGCGAAAGAUAAAGGAACUCCUCCCCAGUUUUCUGUAAAAGUGAUUCAUGUGACUUCCCCACGGUUCAAAGCUGGGCCAGUCAGGUUUGAGAAGGACGUGUACAGGGCAGAAAUAAGCGAGUUGGCUCCUGCCAACACCCCUGUGGUCAUGGUAAAAGCCACGCCUAGCUAUUCUCAUUUGAGGUAUGUUUUCAAAAGUGCACCUGGAAAAGCUAAAUUCGGCUUAAAUCACAACACCGGUCUCAUUUCCAUUUUAGAACCAAUUAAAAGACAGCAGGCAUCUCAUUUUGAACUUGAAGUAACAACAGGUGACAAGAAAGCCUCCACCAGGGUCUUGGUCAAAGUCUUAAGCGCUAACAGCAAUCCCCCCGAAUUUACCCAGACAUCGUACAAGGCCUCUUUUGACGAGAACGUGCCCAUUGGCACAACUGUCAUGAGCGUGAGUGCUGUAGACCCCGAUGAGGGUGAGAACGGGUAUGUGACUUACAGUAUUGCAAACUUAAACCCCGUGCCAUUCGUGAUCAACCAUUUCACAGGUGCUGUGAGCACUUCAGAAAACUUGGACUAUGAGCUGAUGCCUCGGGUUUAUACCCUAAGGAUUCGAGCGUCGGACUGGGGCUUGCCGUACCGGCGGGAAGUUGAAGUCCUUGCUACCCUUACCCUCAAUAACCUGAAUGACAACACGCCCUUGUUUGAGAAAAUAAAUUGUGAAGGAACAAUUCCCAGGGAUCUAGGGGUGGGAGAGCAAAUCACUACUGUUUCUGCUAUCGAUGCUGACGAACUGCAGUUGGUCCGCUAUCAGAUUGAAGCUGGAAAUGAACUAGAUUUGUUUAGCUUAAAUCCCAACUCCGGGGUAUUGUCACUAAAGCAGUCACUGAUGGAGGGUUUAGGGGCAAAGGUGUCGUUUCACAGUCUGAGAAUUACAGCUACAGACGGGGAAAAUUUUGCCACGCCAUUGUACGUCAACAUCACGGUGGCUGUCAGUCGCAAGCCAGUGCGCUUGCAGUGUGAAGAGACGGGCGUCGCCAAAAUGCUGGCAGAGAAACUCCUGCAGGCAAAUAAGUUGCACAACCAGGGAGAGGUGGAGGACGUUUUCUUUGAUUCUCACUCGGUCAAUGCUCACGCACCACAGUUUAGAAGUAGUCUUCCAGCGGGUAUUGAGGUGAAGGAAAACCAUCCUGUGGGCUCCAGUGUCAUUCUCCUGAAUGCUACUGACCUUGACACUGGCUUCAAUGGGAAACUGGUCUACGCUAUUUCCGGAGGAAAUGAGGACAGCUGCUUCAUUAUUGACAUGGACACUGGAAUGCUAAGAAUUUUAUCUCCCCUUGACCGUGAAACAGCAGACAAAUACACCCUGAAUAUUACGGCGUCCGACCUUGGUAUACCACAGAAGGCCGCUUGGCGGCUUCUAGAUGUCAGGGUUCUGGAUGCCAACGAUAAUCCCCCUGAGUUUUUACAGGAGAGCUAUUUUGUUGAAGUGAGUGAAGAUAAGGAGAUGCAAAGUGAAAUCAUCCAGGUUGAAGCCACAGAUAAAGAUCUGGGGCCAAAUGGACAGGUCAAGUACUCUAUCCUCACAGACACAGAUAAGUUCUCGAUCGACAGCGUGACCGGUGUCGUGACAGUCGUGCAGCCUCUGGACCCCGAAGUCCAGCAGGUGCAUUACUUAAAGAUCGAAGCCAGGGAUCAAGCCACGGAAGAGCCCCAGCUGUUUUCCACAGUACUUUUGAAAGUCUCAGUGGAGGAUGUUAACGACAACCCCCCAAAGUUCAUUCCACCUAAUUACCACGUGAAAGUUCGAGAGGACCUUCCCGAAGGAACCAUAAUCAUGUGGUUAGAGGCCUAUGAUCCCGACUUAGGGCAGUCUAGUCAAGUGAGAUACAGCCUCCUGGACCAUGGAGACGGAAACUUCGAUGUGGAUAAGCUCAGCGGAGCAGUUAGGAUUGUACAGCAGCUGGACUUUGAGAAGCAGCAAGUAUAUAAUCUCACAGUGAGGGCCAAAGACAAAGGGAAGCCAGUUUCUCUGUCAUCCACCUGCUACGUGGAAGUUGAGGUCAUUGAUGUGAACGAGAACUUACACCCACCAGUGUUUUCCAGCUUCGUGGAAAGGGGUCUAGUGAAAGAAGAUGUCCCUAUUGGUUCAUCAGUAAUGAAGGUGUCAGCUCACGACGAGGACAUGGGAAGAGAUGGGGAGGUCCGAUAUUCCAUUAGAGACGGUUCUGGUGUUGGUGUUUUUAAAAUAGAUGAAGAAACAGGCGUCAUAGAGACUUCAGAUCGCCUGGACCGCGAGUCCACCUCCCACUACUGGCUGACGGUCUACGCCACCGAUCGGGGCGUUGUGCCUCUCUCGUCGUUCAUCGAGGUCUACAUCGAGGUGGAGGACGUCAAUGACAACGCGCCGCGGGCCUCGGAGCCCGUUUACUACCCAGAAGUCAUGGAGAACUCCCCCAAGGAUGUGUCCGUGGUCCUCAUCGAGGCACUGGACCCGGACUCCAGCUCUAGUGACAAGCUGACGUACAGAAUCACGAGUGGAAAUCCACAGGGCUUCUUUUCAAUACAUCCUAAGACAGGUCUCAUCACAACUACAUCAAGGAAACUAGAUCGAGAGCAGCAAGAUGAACACAUAUUAGAAGUUACGGUGACAGACAACGGCAGCCCUCCCAAGUCAACUGUUGCCAGAGUGAUUGUGAAAAUCCUUGAUGAAAAUGACAACAAGCCUCAGUUCCUGCAAAAGUUCUACAAAAUCAGACUCCCCGAGCGGGAGCGGGCGGAGCGGGAGCGGAGCGCCAGGCGCGAGCCCAUCUACCGCGUCAUAGCCGCGGACCGGGACGCGGGCGCCAACGCGGAGAUCUCCUACAGCAUCGAGGAAGGAAACGAGCACGGCAAAUUUUUCAUUGAGCCGAACACCGGCCUGGUUUCAUCCAAGAAGUUUUCUGGCGCUGGAGAAUAUGAUAUUCUUUCAAUUAAAGCAGUUGACAAUGGUCGCCCCCAAAAGUGGUCAACGACUCGACUCCAUAUUGAAUGGAUCGCCAAACCCAAACCGUCCCCUGAGCCCAUUUCCUUUGAAGAGUCAGUUUUUACCUUCACGGUCAUGGAAAGCGACCCAGUUGCUCACAUGAUUGGGGUGAUAUCUGUUGAGCCUCCUGGUACCCCUCUUUGGUUCGACAUCAUUGGUGGCAAUUAUGACAGUCACUUUGACGUGGACAAGGGCACUGGAACCAUCAUUGUUGCCAAACCUCUUGAUGCCGAACAGAAAUCAAACUAUAACCUCACAGUGGAGGCCACAGAUGGAACCAGCACUAUACUGACUCAGGUAUUCAUCAAAGUAAUAGACACAAAUGACCAUCGUCCUCAGUUUUCUACAUCGAAAUACGAAGUUGUUAUUCCUGAAGACACAGUGCCCGAAACAGAAAUUUUGCAGAUCAGUGCCGUGGAUAAAGAUGAGAAAAACAAACUCAUCUACACCCUGCAGAGCAGUGUCGAUCCGUUGAGUCUCAAGAAGUUUCGUCUGGACCCUGCCACAGGCUCUCUCUAUACCUCUGAGACUCUGGAUCACGAAGCCGUCCACCAGCACGUCCUCACCGUCAUGGUACGAGAUCAAGACGUCCCUGUGAAGCGCAACUUUGCCAGGGUCCUGGUGAAUGUCAGCGACACGAACGACCACGCCCCCUGGUUCACGAGCUCCUCCUACGAAGGGCGGGUCUACGAAUCGGCCGCCGUGGGCUCCGCGGUGCUGCAGGUCACGGCGCUGGACAGGGACCGAGGGCCCAAUGCCGAGGUGCUGUACUCCAUCGAGUCAGGAAAUAUUGGAAAUUCUUUUACAAUUGAUCCCAUCUUGGGCUCUAUCAAAACUGCCAAAGAACUGGAUCGCAGUAACCAAGUGGAAUACGACCUCAUGGUAAAAGCCACAGAUAAAGGCAGCCCGCCCUUGAGUGAGAUCACCUCUGUGCAUAUCUUUGUCACAAUCGCUGACAACGCCUCUCCUCGGUUUACAUCUAAAGAAUAUUCUGUCGAAAUUAGUGAAACCAUCAGCAUUGGGAGUUUUGUCGGAAUGGUUACAGCCCAUAGUCAGUCAUCGGUGGUCUAUGAGAUCAAAGAUGGAAACAUAGCUGAUGCUUUUGACAUUAAUCCACAUUCUGGAAGCAUCAUCACUCAGAAAGCCCUGGACUUUGAAACUCUGCCCGUUUACACAUUGACAAUACAGGGAACGAAUAUGGCCGGCUUGUCUGCGAACACAACGCUUCGAGUGCACCUGCAGGAUGAGAAUGACAACUGUCCCGUUUUUAUGCAGGCAGAACACACAGGACUCAUCAGCGAAUCCGCUUCCGUCAACAGCGUGGUCCUGACGGACAAGAACGUCCCGUUAGUGAUUCGGGCCACGGAUGCUGAUAAAGAGUCGAACGCCUUGCUUGUGUACCACAUUGUUGAACCAACUAUACACAAAUAUUUUGCUAUUGAUUCUAGCACUGGUGCUAUUCAUACAGUACUCAGUUUGGACUAUGAGGAAACAAGUACCUUUCACUUUACUGUGCAAGUGCAUGACAUGGGAACACCACGGUUAUUUGCCGAAUACGCGGCUAAUGUGACCAUACACGUAAUUGACAUUAAUGACUGCCCGCCUGUGUUCUCCAAGUCUCUGUAUGAAGCAUCUCUCUUGUUGCCAACGUACAAAGGAGUAAAAGUCAUCACGGUGAACGCGACAGAUGCCGACUCACGCGCCUUCUCGCAGUUGAUGUACUCCAUCACGGAGGGCAACAUCGGGGAAAAGUUCUCCAUGGACCACAGGACCGGCUCCGUCACGGUGCAGAACACCACUCAGCUGCGAAGCCGCUACGAGCUAACCGUUCGAGCUUCUGACGGCAGGUUCGCGAGCUUCUCCUCUGUGAAGAUCAACGUGAAAGAGAGCAAAGAAAGUCAGCUGAAGUUCACCCAAGAUUUCUACUCUGCAGUCGUGAAAGAGAAUUCCACUGAGGCCAGAACCUUGGCCGUCAUCACUGCUAUUGGGAAUCCGAUCAACGAGCCUCUGUUCUAUCACAUCCUCAACCCAGAUCGCAGGUUUAAAAUAAGCCGCACCUCGGGCGUUCUGUCCACCACCGGCGUCCCGUUCGAUCGGGAGCAGCAGGAGGCGUUUGAUGUGGUCGUCGAGGUGACACAGGAACAUAAGCCUGCAGCAGUGGCCCACGUGGUGGUGAAGGUCACCGUCGAAGACCAAAAUGACAACGCGCCAGUGUUUGUCAACCUCCCUUACUAUGCCGUUGUUAAGGUGGACGCCGCGGUGGGCCACACCAUUCGCUACGUUACUGCCGUGGACAGAGACAGUGGCAGAAACGGGGAGGUGCACUACUACCUGAAGGAACAUCACGAGCACUUUCAGAUCGGGCCCUCAGGCGAAAUUUCACUGAAAAAGCAAUUCGAACCCGACACCUUGAAUAAACAGUAUCUCGUCACGGUGGUGGCAAAAGAUGGAGGAAACCCAGCCUUUUCGGCUGAAGUUAUCGUUCCAAUCACUGUGAUGAAUAAAGCAAUGCCCGUGUUCGAAAAGCCUUUCUACAGCGCCGAGAUCCCGGAGAACAUCCAGGUGCACAGCCCCGUUGUCCACGUGCAGGCCAGCAGCCCGGAGGGCUUGAAAGUGCUCUACAGCAUCACUGACGGCGACCCUUUCAGCCAGUUCACCAUUAACUUCAACACCGGCGUGGUCAACGUCAUAGCUCCCCUGGACUUUGAGUCCCACCCAGCAUAUAAACUGAGCAUCCGAGCCACUGACUCCUUGACUGGGGCCCACGCUGAAGUGUUUGUUGACAUAGUAGUGGAGGACAUCAAUGACAACCCCCCCGUGUUUGCUCGGCCGUCGUAUUCUGCCACGCUGUCCGAGGCUUCUGUCAUCGGAACGUCUGUGGUUCAGGUUAGGGCGACAGAUUCUGACUCAGAACCCAACAGGGGGAUUUCUUACCAUAUGUUUGGGAAUCAUAGCAAGAGUCACGACCAUUUUCACAUUGAUAGCAGCACUGGUCUCAUUUCACUAGUCAGAACCUUGGAUUAUGAGCAGUUCCAGCAGCACAAGAUUUCCGUGAGGGCUGUCGAUGGUGGCAUGCCUCCACUGAGCAGUGAUGUGAUUGUCACAGUGGACGUCACGGACCUCAACGAUAACCCGCCACUCUUUGACCAGCAGAUUUAUGAGGCCAAGAUUAGCGAGCAUGCCGCCCACGGGCAUUUUGUGACCUGUGUGAAAGCCUAUGAUGCGGACAGUUCAGACAUAGACAAGUUGGAAUAUUCCAUUCUGUCUGGAAACGAUCAUAAGAAUUUUGUCAUUGACAGUGAAACGGGGAUUAUCACACUCUCAAACCUCCGCCGACACACCUUGAAGCCAUUUUACAGUCUCAACAUUUCUGUUUCGGAUGGAGUGUUUAGAAGUUCAGCUCAGGUUCAUGUAACUGUAAUUGGAGGCAAUUUGCACAGCCCUGUUUUCCUUCAGAAUGAGUACGAGGUGGAGCUGGCUGAAAACGCUCCCGUACACACCCUGGUGAUCGAGGUCAAGGCAACCGACGGGGAUGCCGGUAUUUACGGCCACAUUACUUACCAUAUUGUAAAUGACUUUGCUAAAGACAGGUUUUACACAAAUGAGAGGGGACAGGUAUUUACUUUGGAAAAACUUGAUCGAGAAAUCCCAGCGGAGAAAGUAAUCGCAGUCCGUUUAAUGGCAAAGGAUGCUGGAGGAAAAGUUGCUUUCUGCACCAUUAAUGUCAUCCUCACCGAUGACAAUGACAACGCACCCCAGUUUCGAGCAACCGGGUAUGAAGUCAACAUCGGAUCCAAUGCUCCCAAAGGGACAUCCGUCAUCAAAGUCCUUGCAAGUGACGCCGACGAGGGAUCCAACGCAGAUGUUACCUACGCCAUGGAAGCAGAUUCUGAGAGUGUUAAAGAGAAUUUGGAAAUUAACAAACUGUCUGGCAUCAUCACUACAAAGGAAAGCUUAAUCGGCUUAGAAAACGAGUUCUUCGCUUUCUUUGUGAGAGCUGUGGAUAACGGGUCUCCCCCAAAGGAGUCUGUGGUACCCGUCUAUGUUAAAAUACUCCCACCUGAAACGCAGCUUCCCAAAUUCUCAGAACCGUUUUACACUUACACAGUGUCAGAAGACAUGCCCAUUGGCACGGAGAUCGAUCUCAUCCGAGCAGAACACAGUGGGACUGUCCUCUACAGCCUGGUCAAAGGGAAUACUCCUGAAAGCAACAGGGAUGAGUUCUUUGUGAUCGACAGACAGAGCGGGAGGCUGAAGCUGGAGAAGGGUCUUGAUCACGAGACGACAAAGUGGUACCAGUUUUCCAUACUCGCCAGGAGCACUCACGAUGACCAGGAGGUGGUGGCUUCUGUGGAUGUUAGCAUCCAAGUGAAAGAUGCAAAUGAUAACAGCCCUGUCUUGGAGUCCAACCCAUACGAGGCAUUUAUUGUUGAAAACCAGCCCGGGGGCAGUAGAGUCAUCCAGAUCAGGGCGUCCGAUCUGGACUCGGGGACCAACGGCCAAGUUAUGUAUAGUCUAGAUCAGUCCCAGAGUGUGGAAGUCAUCGAGUCUUUUGCCAUUAACAUGGAGACAGGCUGGAUUACAACCCUAAAGGAGCUUGACCAUGAAAAGAGAGACAAUUACCAGAUUAAAGUGGUGGCAUCAGAUCACGGGGAAAAGGUCCAGCUCUCCUCCACAGCCAUCGUGGACGUUACCGUCACCGACGUCAACGACAGUCCCCCGCGAUUCACUGCGGAGAUUUAUAAGGGGACUGUGAGUGAAGAUGACCCACCAGGCGGUGUCAUUGCCAUUUUGAGUACUACAGAUGCUGAUUCUGAAGAAAUUAACAGACAAGUUAGCUAUUACAUAACAGGAGGGGAUCCUUUGGGGCAGUUUGCUGUUGAGAAUACACAGAAUGAAUGGAAGGUCUAUGUGAAAAACCCUCUAGAUAGGGAGAAACGGGACAACUAUCUUCUGACGGUCACGGCAACCGAUGGGACCUUCUCAUCAAAAGCUAUAGUUGAAGUGAAAGUUCUUGAUGCAAAUGACAACAGUCCAGUGUGUGAAAAGACUUUAUAUUCAGACACAAUUCCAGAAGAUGCUUUCCCCGGGAAGCUGAUCCUGCAGGUCUCCGCCACGGACGCAGAUAUCCGUUCCAACGCUGAGAUCACAUACUCACUAUCUGGUCCAGGUGCAGAGAAAUUCAAACUGAAUCCAGACACAGGUGAACUGAAAACAUUAGCCCCCCUUGAUCGCGAGGAGCAAGCGGUUUACAAUCUUCUAGUCAAGGCCAUAGACGGAGGGGGAAGAUUCUGUCAGGCUAACGUUGUGCUCACAUUAGAAGAUGUGAAUGAUAACGCCCCCGAAUUCUCUGCUGACCCUCACACCAUUACCGUGUUCGAGAACACGGAGCCAGGGACGCUGUUGACCAGAGUGCAGGCCACAGAUGCGGAUGCAGGACUGAACCGGAAGGUAGCCUACUCUCUGGUUAACUCCGCCGACGGGCAGUUCUCCAUUCAUGAGUUCUCCGGGAUCAUUCAGUUGGAGAAGCCUCUGGAUAGAGAGCUGCAGGCGGUGUACACCCUCACUGUGAGAGCCGUGGACCAGGGUUUGCCAAGGAGGCUGACAGCGACUGGCACUGUGGUUGUGUCAGUUCUGGAUAUAAAUGACAACCCACCCGUGUUUGAGUACCGGGAGUACGGUGCCUCGGUGUCUGAGGACAUUGUGAUUGGGACAGAAGUCCUUCAGGUGUAUGCAGCCAGUCGGGACAUUGAAGCAAACGCAGAGAUCACCUACUCGAUAAUCAGUGGGAAUGAACAUGGGAAAUUCAGCAUAGAUUCUAAAACAGGGGCCAUAUUUGUCAUUGAGAAUCUGGAUUAUGAAAGCUCACACGAAUAUUACCUGACUGUGGAAGCCACUGACGGGGGCAGUCCUUCACUAAGUGAUGUGGCAACUGUGAACGUCAAUGUGACAGACAUCAACGACAACACCCCGGUGUUCAGCCAGGACACCUACACGGCAGUGAUCAGUGAGGACGCUGUCCUCGAGCAGCCCGUCAUCACGGUCAUGGCUGAUGAUGCUGAUGGACCGUUAAACAGCCACAUCCACUAUUCAAUCAUAGAUGGCAAUCAAGGGAGCCCGUUUACAAUCGACCCUGCCAGGGGAGAAGUGAAAGUGACCAAACUUCUAGACCGGGAAACAAUUUCAGGUUACACGCUCACAGUUCAGGCGUCGGAUAAUGGCAGUCCACCCAGAGCCAACACGACCACGGUGAACAUCGACGUGUCUGACGUCAACGACAACGCUCCGGUCUUCUCCGAGGGAAACUACAGUGUGAUCAUCCAGGAAAAUAAGCCCGUGGGGUUCAGUGUGCUCCAGCUGGUGGUGACAGACAAGGACUCUUCGCAUAACGGCCCCCCAUUCUUCUUCACCAUCGAGAGUGGAAACGACGACAGCGCGUUCGAAGUGAACCAGCAAGGAGUCCUGCUGACGUCCGCGGCCCUGGAGAGGAAAGUGAGAGAUCGCUACUCACUGCGUGUGCAGGUGGCUGACAACGGAAAGCCUCAGUUGUCAUCUCUGACCUACGUCGACAUCAUGGUCAUUGAAGAGAGCAUCUAUCCCCCCGCGAUCCUGCCCCUGGAGAUUUUCAUCACUGCUUUCGGGGAGGAGUACGCGGGCGGCGUCAUCGGGAAGAUUCACGCAACAGACCAGGACGUGUACGACACUUUAACCUACAGCCUCGACCCCCAGAUGGACAACCUCUUCUCCGUCUCCAGCGCAGGGGGGAAGCUGAUUGCACACAAAAAGCUGGACCUGGGGCAGUACCUGCUCAACGUCAGCGUGACAGAUGGGAAAUUCACCGCGGCGGCCGACAUCACGGUGCACGUCCGGCAAGUGACGCAGGAGAUGCUGAACCACAGCAUCGCGAUCCGCUUCGCCAACCUCACGCCCGAGGAGUUUGUCGGGGACUACUGGCGCAACUUCCAGCGCGCCCUGCGCAACGCCUUGGGCGUGCGGAGGAGCGACAUUCAGGUCGUGAGCGUGCAGCCCUCGGAGCCCCACCCCCACCUGGACGUGCUGCUGUUCGUAGAGAAGUCAGGCGGCGCCCAGGUGUCCUCCAGGCAGCUUCUGCACAGGAUCAAUGCGUCCGUGACUGACAUUGAGGAAAUCAUUGGAGUUAGGGUACUGGACGUGUUCCAGAAGCUCUGCGCAGGGCUCGACUGCCCUCGGAAAUUCUGCGAUGAAAAGGUGUCCGUGGAUGAGAACGUGAUGUCCACACACAGCACGGCCAGACUGAGCUUUGUGACCCCCCGCCACCGCAGGACGGCUGUGUGUCUCUGCAAAGAGGGAACAUGCCCGAUUAUCCGUCAUGGAUGUGAAGACAAUCCGUGCCCUGAGGGAUCGGAAUGUGUCGCUGAUCCCAGAGAGGAGAAGCAUACCUGUGUCUGUCCCGGUGGCAAGUUUGGUCAGUGCCCAGGGAGUUCAUCUGUAACAUUUUCUGGAAACAGCUUUGUGAAAUACCGUCUGAAGGAAAAUGAAAACAAGCUGGAGAUGAAACUGACCAUGAGGCUCAGGACGUACUCUGCUCACGCGGUUGUGAUGUAUGCGCGAGGAACUGACUACAGCAUCUUGGAGAUUCAUAACGGAAGACUGCAGUACAAGUUUGACUGUGGGAGUGGCCCUGGCAUCGUGUCUGUUCAGAGCAUCCAGGUCAACGAUGGGCUGUGGCACGCAGUGUCCCUGGAAGUGACCGGCAACUAUGCUAGACUGGUCCUGGACCAGGUUCACACUGCGUCAGGCACCGCCCCGGGGACUCUGAAAACCCUGAACCUGGAUAACCACGUGUUUUUUGGUGGCCACAUCCGUCAGCAAGGCACGAGGCAUGGGAGAAGCCCCCAAGUUGGGAAUGGAUUCAGGGGCUGUAUGGACUCCAUUUAUUUGAAUGGGCAGGAGCUCCCCUUAAAUAACAAGCCCAGAAGCUAUGCCCUCAUUGAGGAGUCGGUGGACGUGUCUCCCGGAUGCUUACUCACAGCUACAGAAGACUGCUCCAGUAACCCCUGCCAGAACGGGGGCCUGUGCAACCCAUCACCCGCGGGAGGUUAUUACUGCAAAUGCAGCGCCUUGCACAUAGGGCCCUACUGUGAGGUGAGCGUCAACCCCUGCUCCUCCAACCCCUGCCUGUAUGGUGGCACCUGCAUUGUGGACAGUGGAGACUUCAUCUGCCAGUGCAGAGGGUUAUAUACCGGUCAGAGGUGCCAGAUUAGUCCGUACUGCAAGGACGAGCCCUGCAAAAACGGUGGGACCUGCUUUGACAGCCUGGAUGGUGCUGUCUGUCAGUGCGAUUCAGGUUUCAGGGGAGAAAGGUGUCAGAGCGACAUUGACGAGUGUGCCGGGAACCCCUGUCGCAACGGGGCCCUUUGUGAGAACACCCACGGCUCCUACCACUGCAACUGCAGCCGCGAGUUCCACGGGAAGCACUGCGAGGACGCGGCUCCCAACAAGUACGUGUCGACCCCGUGGAACAUCGGGCUGGCCGAAGGCAUAGGAAUCCUCGUCUUCGUCGUCGGGAUUUUCUUACUGGCGGUGGUGUUUGUUCUCUGCCGCAAGAUGGUCAGUCGGAAGAAGAAACAGCAGGCCGAGCCGGAGGACAAGCACUUGGGACCCAGCACAGCUUUCAUACAAAGGCCGUACUUUGAUUCAAAACUGAAUAAAAACAUUUACUCCGACAUACCACCCCAGGUGCCUGUCCGCCCCAUCUCCUACACGCCGAGCAUUCCAAGCGACUCCAGGAACAAUCUGGACCGGAAUUCCUUCGAAGGGUCUGCUAUCCCAGAGCACCCCGAAUUCAGCACCUUUAACCCCGAGUCCGUGCACGGACACCGCAAAGCAGUGGCCGUCUGCAGCGUCGCCCCCAAUUUGCCGCCACCACCCCCAUCUAACUCCCCUUCUGACAGCGACUCGAUCCAGAAGCCUAACUGGGACUUCGACUAUGACGCUAAAGUAGUGGAUCUGGACCCCUGUCUCUCCAAGAAGCCUCUGGAGGAAAAGCCUUCUCACCCGUACAGUGCCCGGGAGAGCCUGUCCGAGGUGCAGUCCCUCAGCUCCUUUCAGUCCGAGUCCUGCGAUGACAACGAGUCUUUGGCUGCUCCUGACCUCAGCAAAUCAAGAGGCUACCACUGGGACACAUCGGAUUGGAUGCCAACUGUUCCUCUGCCAGACAUACAGGAAUUCCCCAAUUACGAGGUCAUUGACGAGCAGACACCCCUGUACUCAGCAGAUCCCAAUUCCAUCGACACAGACUAUUACCCCGGAGGGUAUGACAUUGAGAGCGAUUUCCCACCCCCACCAGAAGACUUCCCUGCGCCGGACGAACUGCCACCGUUGCCUCCGGAGUUCAGCGACCAGUUCGAAUCCAUACACCCUCCCAGAGACAUGCCUGCCACAGGCAGCUUGGGUUCCUCAUCGAGAAACCGGCAGCGGUUCAACCUGAACCAGUACCUGCCCAAUUUCUAUCCUGUCGAUAUGUCUGAACCUCAGAAAACAGGCACCGGCCAGAGCAUCACGCGCAGAGAACCCUACGCCCCUUACCCUCCCGGGUAUCCCAGAAACUGUGACGGGCCCGCCGUCGAGCACCUGCCCCUGUCUGUGUACUCCACGGCCUCCUGCUCCGAUGUGUCGGCGUGCUGCGAAGUGGAGUCCGAGGUCAUGAUGAGUGACUAUGAGAGUGGGGACGACGGCCACUUCGAAGAGGUGACAAUUCCUCCACUGGAUUCCCAGCAGCACACGCAAGUCUGACGCUCCAACUCCCCCUGAAGUGCCUGGACUUUAGUGAACCGAGAGGUUAUAUGAGUGGUCUGCGUUGUUCUCUGCAGUGUUGUUACCGCUUCCUUCGGUGAGCUGCAAUGGGCAUGGCUGCGCCGAGGCCCAUGCCCCCACGUGUUAGCCAUUUCCAGUGUCCUAACCUACUGUAACGGGAGCAGGUAUAGUCGGCUGUGCCAUGUCUGAAGUUUUUGGUUUUUUUUUUGUACUUGCAUUUGUCUGUGUUAAAAUAAUGCAACGAAAAUCAGCCCUACCAUCUUGUUAGCAUGAUUCAUGUAUUUAUAUAGAUUUGAUUAUUUUAAAUUUCCUGUCCCCUUUUUUUGUGUGUAAAUUUUAUGUACAGAUUUGAUUUUCCAUAGGCUUAACUCGAUUUUCAGGACAUUUUGUGGGUGUUUUUUUUUUGGACCGAAUUUGGGUGGUGUUAGUGUCAUUGCCUAGCACCCUGAUCUUUUACUAUAACCAGGGUUUCAUUCUAUGCCCUUUUUCACUGAAGUUUGACAUUUCGUUCGUACAUUUCAAUGUAGUCAUGCAUUUCCAGUUGUACAUAAGAUGAGAAAAGAUCUGAUCCAUGACACGUCUUAAAUGGGUUGCUGUAUUUUAGAAUUAUAAACAUUUUUCAUUAUUGGAAAGUGUAACGGGGACCUUCUGCAUACCUGUUUAGAACCAAAACCAUCAUGACACAGUUUUUAUAGUGUCUGUAUAUUUGUGAUGCAAUGGUCUUGUAAAGGUUUUUACUGAAAACUACCAUUAGCCAGUCUUUCUUACUGACAAUAAAUUAUUAAUAAAAUAUUUUAGCUUUA